CGCCGCACCCUGCGCCCACGGCCAGCAAUGACAUGGCCCAGCUGUAUCACAUGAUGAGUAUGAUGAGGAAAGAGCAGAAGAUGCAGAAUCAGCGUAUUUUUGAUUUGCAGCAGGCGACGACAUCCAUGGGACAAUAUGUUACGACAUUACCUAGUAUGGCCAAUCUAUCAGCGAUGGGGUUUACGAACGGGCCUCCCCUACUACGGCAGCCAUGGAGGCACCCUCGGGGACCCCAAAAUCCAAUUACAUCAAGCAGACAGACAGGGCCUUCGAGCAACCUGUACCGAAGACGCCGCCAACACGGCCGCCGACUUCACCAACGCCAGUGGCACCGACACCGUCGCAGAGGUUGGAACCAGCAUCGCCCUUCCCGCCGGCGCAACCAGAGCUUGUGGUACUUGGGCCAGCUCAUUCAGCCAUAGUCGAGGAGGACACACCGACGCCGUGCGACGAGCAGACCCCCGCCAUGAUCGAUCCUUUUUUGCUCGAGAUGACACAAGCCAUGGCCACUCAGGCCGAGGAUCCGCUCAUACAGGGCCCAACUCAAUCAGUCACCAUGGCAACAGCAUCGGCGACAACUGCAUCAGCGGCCUCGGGAGGCCCUCUGCAGACGAGCAAGCAAGAGUUCAAGCAGCGGGCCGACAAGCUUGGAGUCCAGCUGGAGACGCAGAGGAGCCAGGCAGUGGAUUUUGUGGAGGCCGUCACCGUGGACUCCGACCCGGAGACGCGCAGCCCGCCGCGCAAGGAGGCACGUUGCCUCCAGUGAGUGAGGGCAAAUCAGCUAGCAGACAAAGAGUGACCUGG